AUGUCCGAGAAACCGACUGUCGGCUUCGUUGGCCUGGGCGCCAUGGGCUUCGGCAUGGCUGCCAACCUGGUCAAGCAAGGCUACAAAGUCAAAGGCUUCGAUGUUUUCCCCAAGAGCGUCGAGCGCUUCGAGCAGCAGGGCGGCACUGCCGCCACCUCGCUCGCUGACUCGGCCGCCGACGCGUCCUUCCACGUUCUCAUGGUCGCCUCGGCCGACCAGGCGCAGCAGGCCUUGUUCGCCGAGGGCGACUCCAUCGUGAAGGCCCUGCCGCAGGGCGCUACACUGCUUCUGUGCUCGACCGUACCAUCCGCCUACGCACAGUCGGUCGAGAAGCAGUUGGCCGACAUUGGCCGUUCCGACAUCCUCUUCGUUGACGCUCCCGUGUCUGGCGGCGCCAAGCGUGCGGCUGACGGCACCCUGACCAUCAUGGUCGGCGCCUCGGAUGCUGCUACCGAGAAGGCCCGAUGGCUCUUAGAGGAGAUGUCGGAUCCAAAGGGCCUGUACAUUGUGCCCGGUGGUGUCGGCCAAGGUAGCAACAUGAAGAUGGUGCACCAGGUACUGGCUGCGAUCCAAAUCCUGCUUUCCAGCGAAGCCCACGGAUUUGCGGCACGGCUGGGCCUCGACGCUAAAGAGGUUUACGAUGCUGUUUGCAAGAGUCCUGAUUGGUUCUGGAUGUAUGAGAACAGGGUGCCUAGAGCGCUGGCUGAAGACUACACUCCGGCCGUCAGCGCAUUGACCAUCAUUCUCAAGGAUGCUGGAAUCAUCACCUCCAUCGCCCGCCUCGUCAACUUCCCUACUCCUCUAUCAUCCGCCGCCGAGCAGGUCUACCUUCUCGGUCUAAACCAAGGCCUCGGCCCCCUUGACGAUGCGGCCAUGGUUCGAACCUACUUCCCCGAUCCGGUCAGUAGCGUCAACCAGCAAACCAACGGCGCGGCAUCCUCUUCAUCCAACUCCGAGAAGCUUGGCCUCGUCCUCAAGCUCCUACGCGGCGUGCUGCUGCUCGCCGCCGCCGAGGCCAUCAGCUUCGCCGAUCAUCUCAAGCUGGACCUGCAUCAAUUCUACGACCUCGCGUCCGGCGCAGCCGGCGGGAGCACCGUUUUCCGCGAGCGCGGUGCCGAGAUGAUCGAGUUCCUGACGGGCAAAAAGGUGGCGGGCGCCAAGCAGGACCUGCCGCCGCUCGAUGUGCAGCGCAUCCGGGAAGAUUUGGCUGAGGCCAUCAAUGCCGGCAGGAAACUCUACUGCCCUGCCCCGCUAGCGGGCGCGGCGUUGAACCUACUGUUGACGGCGCAACGGACCGCCGGCGAUCGGAAGGAAAAGGCCUAUUACGGUCUGCUGCACUAA